UGAUUCUUCUGCCUCCUCCUCGUGCUGGGUCUUCCUCCUCCUCCUCCUCCUCCUCCUCCUCCUCCUGGAAGCGCGGGUCGUGAUGGAGGACGAGGAGAGCCCUGAAGAGUGCAAGGUCUGCAUUACCAACUAUGACAAGGCGAAGAGGAGACCGCGGACCCUCCCCUGCGGCCACUCCUUCUGCUCGCUGUGCCUCGGCGGGAUGAUCAAGGAGGAAAAACUCACGUGCCCCUCCUGCAGGAACACCCACACCGCUGCCACCACUGACGCCUUCCCCAUCAGCUAUGACAUGGAGGCGAUUAUACGCAAGCUGAAGAUCCUGCAGUACAAGGCUGAGUUCUCUAACAGCCCCGAUGGUCCUGCGGCGGUGAAGGAGAAAGCAGAGGGCGUGAAGAAAAUCCUGGGCCGCCUGCAGGAGACUCUGACGCAGCUGGGGCGGUACGAGUCACAGCUGCAGGACUGGGUGGGGGACCAUGAUGACUUGCUGACAAACCUCUCGAAGCUGGUGGUGAAGAAUCAGUCCGCGGUGAGACUCCUGAAGGACGAGCGGGGGAUCCUUGAGUACCAGCGGACCAAGGGCGAGGAGGCGGUGCGGCAGCUGGAGGCCAUGCAGGAGAGCCUCGCCGCGGCCACCAGUCCCAAGAGGCGGUGUGUGCCAUUGAUGAGAGCGAGGCGAGGAGCAGCGAGGCGGAGGACUGGAUGGAACACUGCCACACCAUCUUCCCUGACCAGAACACCGCCCACACCUCCUGUGCGUAGGGUGACAAGCCGCGCGCUGGAGGAAGCCAAGAGGGCGGAGGAAGGGGGCAGCUCUUCCGGUGACCUUCCCUCCACACCUGACUCGCCUACGGUCCUCACUAUCAUGGAGAAGGUUGACCUCAUUGCCCCUGUACUGUCACAGGUGGAGACUCUACGCCGUUUGGGAGACCCCGUGAAGACUCUGCUGGAGGAGGGACGGGUGGGGGCGACGCAGCACCAGCGGGAGGGGGGCGAGGAAGGGGCCACUCACAAGUCACGGCGCGCCAGACUCUCCCUCCACGACGGCCUAGUCCACCUCCACGCCCUCGAAGAUCAGACAGAAUCUACGCCCGCGCCUACACACUUGAUUCCGCACGAGGCCUUGGUUCAUCUACUGGACUACACCUCGAGCCUAGUUUUCCUGAAGCUGGCGUGGGUGGGGGCGGGGUCGGUAUCGGAGGGCGGCAUGGUGUACAUCCGCCUCAUCCCAGACACGGAGCUCGCCCGCCAGUUCCUCCUCCUCUGUAGCGGCGAGAAAGGCCCUUCCUACCUUCACUCUCGCCUGCUGGGGGUGUGGAACAAGGGCACGGAGUUUGAGAUGGUGGGCGGCGGUGACUACGACAGAAAUGAUGGCCACGGAGGAGCGCCAAUAAUGGAAAAUUUGAGACCACGAAGAGAGUACCAGAGACCAGCCUUGGCGGGGACAGUAAGAGCAAUGCAUGGACCGGUGAGCAGUAAAAGCGCCCAGUUCUCGAUCAGUACUCAGGAUUGCGCGAGUCGGGAGUGGCACUGGGCGUUUGGGAGUGUGGAGAAGGGACUGGAUGUGGUGCGGGCGGCGGCUAACCACACUGCGAUCAAGGAGGUGACGGUGGUGGACUGUGGUGUGGUGGUGCCUCUGUGAUGCUGUGAUGCUGUUGUGUGGUGUGGUGUGUUUGUGUGUGGUUGGUUGGUGAUGUGAU